CACAGCAGGAAACGAGUCCCUUCUCAAUGUUAGUCCGGCUCGCAGCUCGCGUCAGCAGGAGAGGAGCCAUGUGUGCACCGGCAGCCUGAGAAACUGGAUACGUUUGAAUGUUCACGAAGUUUAUCAAGUUUAUUAAGAGUUUAUUUCACCUGGUGACAAAGGCGUAUUAUCCACUCUGUGCCCGUCUUCCCUCCUGCUCUCCACCACAAGCAGCAUGUCAGCCGAGUUAAUCCAGCGAAUAAAGGAGCUGGAGGGAGAGGUGGAAAGGCUCAAGUCCCAGCUGCGAGUGCAGGAUGGAGCUGAGGCUGACACGGCGGCGACGGCCAGGCCAGGUCCCGGUGAACACACACACUGUGAGCCUAACGGAGGCACCAACAGGAAAAAGGGUCGAAAAGCGGGCAAAGAGCGUCCCUUUGACUUCUCUGCCCAUCCCCGGCGCCAUGUGGCUCUGCGGCUGGCGUACCUGGGAUGGGCCUACCAGGGUUUUGCCGUCCAGGAGAACACAGACAACACGGUGGAGGCCAGGCUGUUUGAAGCUUUGCUGAAGACACGGCUCAUCCAGGAUCGGCAGAGCUCCAACUAUCACCGGUGUGGCCGCACUGAUAAGGGAGUCAGUGCCUUUUCCCAAGUCAUAACCAUAGACUUGCGCUCCACACAGUCUUGCGGAGGGCUGGGUGUCACGCUACCAGCCAGUGUUGAUGCCAGCAGCGAGACGAAGGCUGCUGGCUCUGAGCUUCCCUAUGUGAAGAUGCUGAACAGAGUCCUGCCCCAGGACAUUAGGAUGUUGGACUGGGCACCGGUUGCAGAGGGUUUCAGCGCACGCUUUGACUGUCAGUCCCGGACGUACCGCUACUACUUCCCCCGCGGGUCCUUGGAUGUAGCGAUGAUGGCAGAUGCUGCAAAAAGGUAUGAGGGCACCCAUGACUUUCGCAACGUGUGCAAAAUGGACGUGGGCAACGGAGUGCUGCAGUUCCAGAGAACCAUCUUGUCGGCCUCGGUCAAGCCGGUCCAGCCUCAACACAUGUCCAGCACAGACCCACAUGAUAUUUUCAUAUUCGAGAUCAAAGGACUGGCCUUCCUUUACCAUCAGGUACGCUGCAUGAUGGCAGUGCUGCUCCUGAUCGGGCAGAAGCUGGAAGCCCCUGAGAUAAUCAAUCAGCUUUUGGAUGUCGACAGAAACCCCAGGAAGCCCCAGUACAGCAUGGCGGUCGACUACCCACUGGUGCUGUACGACUGCCACUUUGAGGGGCUGAGCUGGAAGCAGGAGCCGGAGGAGCUGAACCAUGCCCUGGCGGCACUGCAGCAGCACUGGACCCAGAGCGCCGUCAGGAGCCAUGUCCUCCACGGCAUGAUGCAGGGUCUGGAGGCCAUGGGCGGCGUGUCCUCUAAGCACUGCUGGCUGGUGGAGGGCACCAGACAGAGGAACUAUCGUCCCCUGCUGGAGCGCCCGUGCUGCGAGAGCCUCCAGUCCAGGAUAGAGCAUUUUGUGAAGAGAGGCAGGCUGGAGCGUGAGGAAGGGGAGGACGGGGGUGAAAUGGUACACAGGGGCAAACGGUCCAGGCAUGCCCACAACUCCCCCAGUCCCAGUAUCACCGCACACACACCAAUCUCAACCCAAAGUGAAGAUCAGAAAGUGGAGCAUUGAUCUAUUUCUCCACAGGAACAUGGACUUGCAGCUUGAUUUGUAAUUAUCUUUGUACUUUUCUUUCAUGCAAAAACAGUGUUUCCUUCCAUGGAAAAAUGCUGUAUUUGUUUUUCCUGUAAAAUAAACAAGUUUGGUCAACAGAGG